UUUACGUAUGUGUAACAAAUAUUAUAAUUGAUGAUAAUAUAAUAAUGCAAAAUUACAGCAAAAUUAAAGAUGAUAUAAUUUUACACAACUAUUUUACGUAAUUUGUUUGGUUAAUAUUAGAGUAUAAUAAUUUAGUAAAUUAUUUGUGUAACAAAUAUUAAAAUUGAUGAUAAUAUAAUAAUACAAAACUACCACAAAAUUAAAGAUGAUAUAUAAUUUUACACAACUAUUUUACGUAAUUUGUUUGAUUAAUAUUAGAGUAUAAUAAUUUAGUAAAUAUAAUAUUUUUUUAAUUUAUUAAACUACUUACUCAUGUUUUUUUUUCUUAAUUUUAUUUAGUUUAAACUAUUUAAUUGAGCUUGUAAGAAGAAUUAAAGGGAGGAGGGUUCAAAACAUCUCUCUCUCUCUCGGCUUUUUUAGGAGCAUCACGCGGUGUGCCUCUGUUUCCGACUAGCAUCUCUUCAGCUAACAUUCUGCUCUAGAAUAAUGACGGCGAAUGAAGUUUCCUCUGGUGAAAUUACUCCCCCCCUCCCUUCUUCUUCAUGUCUUUUUACUUUCCAGGUGUUUCCAAUUGCUAUGUGUUCAAGAGCCGGUUGCAGGAAUAUGCUCAGAGAUACAAGCUACCAACGCCUCUCUACGAGACUAUCAAAGAAGGCCCUUCCCACAAACCUCUCUUUCAGUCUACAGUGAUUGUCAAUGAUGUCAGAUACGAUUCCUUGCCUGGAUUCUUCAAUCGUAAAGCUGCUGAGCAAUCAGCUGCCGAGGUUGCUCUCCAGGAAUUAGCAAAAUCCAGUGACCUAACCCAAUCUGUUUCACUGCCUGUUCACGAGAUGGGGCUAUGCAAGAAUCUUCUUCAAGAGUACGCUCAAAAGAUGAACUACGCGAUUCCACUCUAUCAGUGCCAAAGGAGCGAGACUCUCGGGAGAGCUCCACAGUUCACAUGUACUGUGGAGAUCGGAGGCAUUAAGUACACAGGAGCUGCAACAAAGACUAAAAAAGAGGCUGAGAUAAGCGCUGGGAGAACGGCUCUUAUAGCCAUCCAGUCAGAAUCCAAAAUGGACCUUGCCAACAACUACAGCACUCAGCUUACUGUCAUUCCUUGCGAGAAGAAGACAGUAGAGGUAGCAAGUCCGGUGAAAGAAACCAUCAUCAAGACUCCAAAAGCCAGGAGGGCUCAGUUCAAGAAGAAGGCUCGGAAAGGAAAGCUCAAAGUCGCUAAGGAUCUUGAAGACAGUACCAUCCCUCCUCAACCUACAGAGCAUUGUCAAAACCAACAGUUAAAUCUGGAACCUUCUUCGUGCGUGAACGGGUUUAAGGAGGCAGCAUUUGCGAGUGUGGAGACAGAAGCAAGCCAAGCAUAGCUGUCUCAAGACGAGGUCUUUGUGAGUGUAGUUUAUAUAGCCAUUUUGUAAUUUUAAUUGGUGUUGACAUGUUUGAACGCCAUUUUGGUCUUGUUUAGUUAUACAAGAUCAUUGUUUCUUUGUUUUUAGUAUUAAGAUACAUGAAGCUGCUUUGGCCUUGAUCACUA